AUGCCGGGAGCCAAGCCAAAUGCUACCCCGGUCCAGCGGGAAUACUUCGAGUCACGUUGUUUGAAGGUGUGGAAGCAAACGGCAAAGGAGAAUCAAGCUCAUGAGCGGGAGCGCUCGCGCGAGCUGGAGCGAGAAGAGGCAGAAUGUCUUGAAGACGAGAUCACUGACCUCUUCGAGAUGUUCCCCUUAUUGGAUUCGAUCCUUAUUCAAGACAUCCACCUCUGCAGUGAUCGGGACUGGGAUACUACAGUGGAUACCUUAUUGAGGCUGAGCGGAGAGACUGAUGGUUUGGACGCCCGAGUGGGGAAGCCUCCACCCAAGAUGGAUGAUGAGAAUGAAUUUCCUCUCCUUGUUGGGAAAGACGAUUGGCAGGUCGUUCCACGAUUUCUCCGUCCACCUCCUACCUCGCGAAAGUUGUAA